AUGGCGUCUCAUGGAAUAGUUUUAGGACAUCUUAUUUCAAAGAAGGGUAUUGAAGUUGAUCCUGCAAAAAUUGAUAUUAUUGCUAACCUUCCUUACCCCACGUAUGUGAGGGAAGUCCGUUCCUUUUUAGGCCAUGCAGAUACAGGGAUUUACCACAUGUUUAUCAAGGAUUUUAGUAACAUUGCCUUGCCAAUGACCACAUUACUGCAAAAAGAUGUAGAUUUUUGUUUUGAUGACAAGUGUAAGAAAGGAUUUGACAAGCUCAAAGCAGCUUUGAUCAAUGCUCCCAUUGUGCAAGCUUUUAGCUGUGAGAUAUAUGAUGACGAAGAAGGAGUCAAAGCCCCGCCUAUUGAGAUGGAUUCUUCUGCUGUAGGAGUUUGA